GUGACUGCUAUUUAGUGAUCAAACAUUUGAACUGAUCUGAGCGCGGAUAAAUACCGGAUACAUUACUGAUUAAUAGAUGAUUAAUGAUUUGUGUUGUAAUAACAGUCACGAAGCGGUCUUAUAAAAACAAAUGAAAACGUAACAUAAUUUAUUGAAAAAUGGAAUAUAUUAUCAACAUGAUGCGUUUGUGUUAAUUAAAAAUACACAGUACAAAACACAAUAUUGUUUGGAGCAUGCUUGAUUUUGAAGUGAAAUAUAAAUUCGUAUUUUUGUUUAAAUUGUGUUGCCAACCUACUACCUAAUGAAAUAACAUAAGAAAUAUCUUUAAAUGCUGAUGGAUGUAUCGCGAUGUAAUGGAAUUAUUUUUAUCUAAAAUACCGAUACAAAAUGCCGUGCAGUGAGUACGCAUGCUCGUAUUUCAACGUAACAGAAAUGAUAAAGUUCCAAGACCCUAACUUGACGUCAUUUGUUGGGACGUCAUCACAUACUGAGCCUGUCAACGAGUCCAACUCAACUCAGUAUGAUAACUUGACCAACGCGCAACUAUUAUCCAACGAAUCCACGGCGGGUCUUAUAUUUCUGUACACGUUUACGACAAUAUUGUCUGUUGUGGGUAAUUUCUUUGUUAUCUUAGUAUUCGCGCGCGGAAGAAGAUCUCGAACUGACCUUCGGCCUUUCUUGAUAAAUCUAGCAGUGUCAGACCUGCUCAUGGCUGUUAUGUGUAUGCCCUUCACGUUUGUGUUCACAGUGCUCAACGACUGGAUAUUUUCUAAACCCAUGUGCACCAUAGUUUUAUUCGUACAAAUGCUCUCCGUUUCCGGAAGCGUGUUCACGAAUAUGGCCAUCGGCGUAGACAGGUUUUCGGCUGUUAUGUUUCCGCUACGGUCACGCCUGACGAAGAAACGGGCAAAAUACGUCCUCGUCGGCAUUUGGGCAGCCGCCACCGUAUUGUCGUCUGUGCAGUUCCACGUCGGGCGCGCUCACGACAAACCCGACGGGAGUCAAACUUGUCAAGAGAGAUGGUCAAAUGAAGACCAAAGAAAGACAUUCACGAUCUUUAUUUUUGUGAUUACCUACAUGAUUCCAUUACUGACACUGUCCGUCACAUACUCCAUUGUCGGAAUAUUGCUAUGGAAACGCACGUCUCCCGGUAACAAGGAUCGAACUCGUGACCUACACCAGUUGCGAUCUAAAAGAAAGGUACUUAAGAUGCUUGUGAUAGUGGUGGCGAUGUUUGGACUGUGUUGGUUACCACUGCACGUGUUCACUCUGAUCUAUGAUUUCGUCCCUGUCGAGCUGUCAUAUAACACGCUCACUGCUAUCUUCAUCGGUUGUCACUGGCUAGCCAUGUCCAAUAGUUUUGCUAAUCCUAUUAUAUACGGAUUCACCAACGAGAGCUUUAGAGCUGAUCUUGUCACACUUUUCUACAUGUGGUUCCCGUGUUGCGUCUGUCUUACGAAGAUGAUGCCGAGAUAUUCGAGCGGUUCAACGAACGAGUCGGUGGUCUUUCGUCGACAGAGCCUGUACAAGAAAGGCAUCAACAUAAAUGGGACUUACCAGAUACGAUCCGUGCAGGUUCAGCGCGCCGACCAACGUAACCAGUACGGGGCGUACCGGAACAGGCGCGAAUACGAAAACAUGGUUAACAAUCCGAAUGGUAAAUUAACUAAUGGUUCAUUAAACGGACACCGUGUUUUGCUUGCAAUAGACAAUGACUACACUAGGCUGAAACCAUUGAAUGUGAGACUCUCCGUGAGUGCCAAUUCAGAUCCGAGUAUUGCAAACUCUUGAGGGUAACGGCGUACGCGAUGAAUUGGUUGCGUAUGUUUACUGAUUUUGUUUACGGGUUGUGCUUUUAUAAAUAUAUGUAUAUUACCGGUAGCUCUACCAAAGGUGUUAUAUUUUGUGAUAUUAUUGUAAUGUUAUUAAAUUAUUGAAGUGAAGUUGCUAAAAAGCAAACGUGUGUGUUUUUAAGAUGGACAUUUAGUUACAUAUCAUUGUAUGUUUUAAACUCACAAUUUACAAAUAAAUGCAAUCUGUCAUAUGGGCAGUAAUCCAUUGUUUUCCUUUCUGUGGCCACUGGCUCGUGUAUUGAGCUGAUUAACUAUUUAGCACCACAACAGGUUGCAAAUACACAUAGUAAUUUAGUGUUUUUUAAGGGGAGCUGGGUCAAUUAUUUAAAUGUUAAACUGGGCCUUUAACCCAAAGUUUUGCAUUCGUUUGUUUACCUUGACAACAUGAGCAAUAGGAAAAAAUAUAUGCUGAAAAUAUUGCAUGUCUAAUUCUUUUAUGGUAUUAGAACGUUAAACUGCCAACAUGAUGAAUGGAAAAGCAACGUAUAGCCACGUGCAAGCUGCUAUUACGUCUAGUGUAGCGAACGUAUGACUUAUACUGUGUACAAACAGGUGUUUGCAUAAAAAUGCUUACACAGAAUAUAAACAUGUCAACAUGCCAAAUGGCUAAUGUAUACAUUGUAAGCGUUUUUAUUGUCUUGCCAUAAUAUUGCAGAAUAACAUAUAUAUUAAGAGAUUCUAAAAUGUCAUAAUCGUUCGUGUUACUGAUUAUCACAUGCUAUACCCUGUUUUCCAUGUAAUAUAACCAUUACAUAUUUUUUUAUAUUGCACAUGUGUAAU